UCGACUGCCUCUCCGCUCGAUUGUUCCAUCCGAAUUUGCGCUCGACCACGAAACGAAUUUUCGCUCACGUUCUAUAACAGACAAUCACCCACUGAUUCCCCGGGAAAUCAAUCACAAUGCCUUCCACCAGACUCACCUACAGGCGUCGUGCCCCCUACAACACCAGGAGCCAGAAGGUCCGCGUGAUCAAGACUCCCGGUGGUGAGCUCCGUUACCUUCACAUCAAGAAGAAGGGCACUGCCCCCAAGUGCGGUGACUGCGGUACCAAGCUCGCCGGUGUCCCUGCCCUCCGCCCCCGCGAAUACGCCACCGUCUCCCGCCCCAAGAAGACCGUCCAGCGCGCCUACGGUGGUUCGCGAUGCGCCAACUGCGUCCAGGACCGCAUUGUCCGUGCUUUCCUCAUUGAGGAGCAGAAGGUUGUCAAGAAGGUCCUCAAGGAGUCUCAGCAGAAGAAGCGUUAAGUGGUGAUGAUUCGAGGGUAACUGGGGUUCAAGCAUGUCAAAACUGGGGCUAUCGGUGUUCAUGUGCAUUAUGGGCAGUCUCCUGGUUCGGUUGACUUUCACGAUAUCACGGCGAUUUCUGCGUCACUCUCCGAAGUCCACCAGGACAGUAGCUGAGUAGGAUCACGAAUACAUCCACAAGCUGCGCAACACAACUACGAGGUGCAUGACGUGUGACGAGGGUGGGCACAGGAAGGAUUGCAAGUGAAGGACCAAGGACUUCAUGCUUGAUGUUGGAAUCAAGCACGAGAUUCAUGGAAGUCUGUCGUAAGGCGCUACUGGCUCCGCUCUCGCACGGCUUGUCCCUUGCCUGUGUAACCAUAUCCCCUGCCUGUGUAACCAUAUCCCCAAGUUUCCCUUGUCUGUUCCCAAUGUGCU